UCUGUUUUUCAAUUUCAUCUCAACAUAUUUGUCAACAUUUAACUAGAAGGUCUUGUACUGGAAAAAUUAGUAAUUAUCUGGAAUACUGUGGAAGUACAACCGUGAUAUAAAAAGUAAAUGGAAACCACCUACCAAAAAUCGAAUGAUUCUCUAUCCACAAUGGCUGCUAUGUAUUCCAACGCGAGUGUUAACAGUAGCUUUGACUUAGAUUUAAGGAAUGGAUCCAGAGAGAAGAUAAACACUCCUUCUUCUUCUAUCCAGACAAUGAAUGAAGUAACUAAAUGGAUGGCAGUUGGAAUCCUGGUAGGAAUUUUGGUGUUAAACUCAACUAUACUGAUAUUACUUUUUCGCAAGAAACAUAACAGUAGAAUGGCUUUCUUUGUACAAAACUUAGCUGCAGCAGAUUUCUGUGUUGGUAUUAUUUAUGUUUUACCCGAGCUUAUCGUAUUUAGAUUUCAUAUCGGUUGGACAAGAUACGCAUGUUAUAUAUUGUAUGGAGUGAAAAUGUUUCCGCUUUACGUAUCUACGUUUGCUAUUGUUACCCUGACACUAGACCGUGUGUAUGUUAUUCUAAGACCUAUAUCUUCAUCUGGCAGAGGUGUAAAAUACAGAGUAUCAUUAAUAAUGACAACAUGGAUUCUAGCAAUAUUACUUUCUAUACCAUAUAUGGUGUGUGUAAGAUUCAACAAUGGAAAAUGUGUACAUGAUUUUGAAAAAAAGGUUAUGCUUAUGUUUGAUAUCAGCCUCAUUCUGAUUCUGCCUGUCGUGAUCAUUGGAGUGUGCUAUACAUGUAUUAUUGUGACAAUUUGUCGUCGCGAGCGAAAUGAACUUUUGAAUGAAAGUACUAAAAGAAGCACUAAUUCAUCACGUAAAAACGAUGGUCAAAAAAAAGGUACAAGGAAACCUUUCAUUGCUCAGGCAAGAAUACGGACCAUUAAAUUACUUCUGAUCAUCGUAACUGCAUACAUUGUUUGUUGGACCCCGGUUUGCGUUGGUACAUCAUUGAUGAUGUGGAAAUGGAUUAAAUUAGGAGCUACUUAUCAACUUCUGUACGUCUUGGCGCCAUUGAAUAGCCUCGUGAAUCCUCUUGUGUUUUUAUUGUUUCAUGGGAAAAUUUUCAAAAGAAAAGAGUUUGGAACUUACAGAUUUAACCCGUCUGGAACAUUAAAAACGUCAAUUUUUACAAACGGGCCUGGAAAGCAGGUAUCAUCCAGGUGUUAGCUAUUUUUUUGGUCUCUAUAUAUUUUUUUCUGUGUUAACUGGUAAUCUGAGAAAAAAGUUUUGCACACUGCCAUGUCUACUGUACAACUUAAUGAUUUUACAUUUAAGGUUGUUUGUUGUCGAUAAAGUUAAAAAAAAAUAAUCCGGGAAUACAUGAUUAGUUCAUAGCAAGUCCGUUGUUUUCAGUCCAAUCUUUUUUCCGUACACCUGGUAAUGUACUGUAAAAAGAUAGCAAUAUAUGCAGUGUUGAAACUAGUACAAUGUCUAUAUGCUAUGUAAACAAGGUCUCAAUGUAGUUUUGCGAUGAAUAGAAACAAUAAAGCGCUGUUUGUCUGCUCUUUA